AUGCCAAGCGAUAUCCAGCAGCAGGUCGAUCAUACCAGACCCAAUGUCAACUGGACAACUAUUGAGGGAGUGGAGUCACCACUAAACUUAGAUAACCUUGACACGCUCAAUUCCAUGGGCAAUACAAGCGUCUACCUAACCUCUCUCGAGGGCAUCGAAGCCGAUCCAGAACCAGCCUGGUUCCGGGGUAUCAGACCAGACUCACAGGGGCGAAUAGGUAAUGGUACAGGGAGUGUCAUUGUUAUCGCAGAUCGCGGCAAUGGAACAGUUGAUGCAUUUUACUUUUAUUUCUACGCAUUCAACAAAGGCGGCAGAGUCCUAGGCUUAGAAUUCGGCGACCACAUCGGAGACUGGGAACAUAACAUGAUCCGCUUCGUGAACGGCACACCCGACGCAAUAUGGUAUAGCCAGCAUGCUAGCGGACAGGCAUUUACCUACGCGGCCGUUGAAAAGAAGGAUAAGCGGCCGUAUGUCUACUCCGCGAGAGGCACGCAUGCAAACUACGCAAUUGCAGGAAAACACGACCACACCAUCCCGGGCUUCAACCUCCCUGCAGGGUUUUUGAUGGACUAUACAGGCCGCGGUGUGCUGUGGGAUCCCCUACUAAAUGUAUACACUUACAACUACGAUAAAGCAACAGCUGCGUUCAAGGCUGUGAACUCCAAAGAUCCGGUGGCGUGGUUGGAUUUCAAUGGGAGAUGGGGUGAUGACCAGCCGCCUAAUGAGCCUUCGAUCUUUGGUGAGGCUAAAAAUGUUGCUGGUCCGAAUGGUCCUAAGUUCAAGGGGUUGGAUAGGGAGCUGGUGUGUCCUUCUAAGCCGUGCUUUGUGCUUCCGUUUAGGAUUUUUUCUGAGGAUGCGACUUCGUGA